AUGGAGAACACCGUCUUCUUCUUCGCGGAGCUGGAGCUGCUGCAGUACGGGCUGGUGCAGUCCAAGCCCUCCAUGGUGGCCGUCGCUGCUGUCUACACCGCCAGGCUCACCCUCAAGAAGACCCCUUUGUGGACCGACACUCUGAAGCACCACACUGGCUUUACUGAAGCACAGCUGAUGGACGCUGCCAAGAUCCUGGUGGCCUCCCACUCCACCGGACCUGACAGCAAGCUGAAGGUUGUCUACAAGAAGUACUCGAGCAUGUUUUCAUGCAUAUAUUUUGCCUAA